AUGAAUACGAGCAUACCAUUUCUUGUGCUUCUGGUGGUAGUGCCUCUGAACAUGUCCAACGGACUUUACAUUAGAAACAACAAUGCUGCCCCAGCAAAGGCCGAUGCUUCAGCCGACAGCCGCAACGACGAAUGGGGUGUUUUUCAAAAUCGACUCGGAUUAUCCCAAGAAAAAGUUGAGCUUCUGAAGUCACAGAAGGAUCAGCUGGGAACAAAACAACUGCUGCACCGUUUCAUUUUGGAGAAUCCAAAAUAUUUAAGUGCGAAAUCGACGAACGGCAGGAAGAAGUCAAAGUCAAGUAAAUUGGCUUUCAGCCGUCUCUUUCGAGCUUUGGCAAAGAACAUUAAAAGUGCAAAGAGCACGUUCAAGACCUCCUUUCAAUUCGAGAUGUCGGAUAGACCUACAAAGCCCCUAAAGCGGACUCGCCGAAAGAUCUCUGUAAAGAUGAUGACGGACAUGUCCACGGAACGAGUGGACCAACUGCUGAAAAUGUUCUACCAGAAACACAAUAUCGAAGAGCCCAACUUUGACAGCGAUGCAGCGGAUCAGCAUACUGAUACCGAUAAUGGUGAUUACAGUGACAUAGCUUCGGAUAUAUCGCCGCGUACAUCUAUGGAUAGGGAGAACGACUCUGACUACGAGUACGAUCUGUUCGAUGAUGAGGGAAACGCAGAUCUCAUUGCCAAAUCCCAUCAAAACUCGGAAUACGGCUCUUUCCAAGACCUCAUUCUUCAGGCGAAGCGAAAGCAAUGGGAGCUGGAAAGCGAGGAGAACAAGUUGCAUAGUCCUCCCGACAAUGACCAUUUCAUAUGAAUGAAUGGGAAAAGCCAUUCAAAUUACCUUCAACUAAGUGGUCUGAGGGCUGUGCAAUCGCUGUUCAUAUGCAGGCAUAGAACACAAACUUAAUUUAAUAAUGCUUACUAUUUAUAU